AUGGGGAAGGUAUACUGCGAAGUAUGCAAAAGGCGAUGCAGAGGAAAUGUUUUGAAAGCCAAUGAUAAGUUUUUUCACAAGGAUUGCUUCAAAUGUUCAGGUAAUUUCACUUUUAUCACACUUAUUUGUUCAGAAUGCAAAUGCAGUCUCAAAGCUGGAGGUUUCUUUCUGAAAAAUGACAAAUACUUUUGUCAGAAAGAUUAUCAGAAGUUGUCAGCUCCAAAGUGUGAAGUGUGCAGUGAAGUCCUCAGCGGUGAUAUUGUGUCUGCGCUUUCAUAUUCAUUUCACAAAGGAUGUUUCAUCUGCAGCCAAUGCAAAACUCCCUUCAACCCAGGGAAUCGCGUAACAGUGUGGAAGGAUGAGUUCUACUGCGUCUGCUGUUCCCAGUCUCUGAGCAGCAGACAGGCUGCAGUGACGGCUUCAGGAGGCAAGGGUCCUAUUUCUCCCCUCUCUCUGAGGCAGAACCACGACAACAGACAACAGCCACAAUCACAGCAGCAACCUCGUCUCUCCUUCGCCGACUAUCCCUCGCCCGUAUCCUUCGCGGAGGAGAGCAUGGACAGUAGGAUCACGCCUCCUGUACAAAAGACCAGCGGCAGUAUCCUCAAGUCCUCCCUCCGCCAGUCCCGCACCAUGCAGUCUGUCAGCAAUGCGCCCAACAGUAGGAACUCUGACUUCGGUGGCUCCGUUCAGCUGCGAAUGUCACUGCGCGAGAUGAUGUGGGUCAAAGAGGCGCAUCCUGGCGUCCCUGCAUGCUCCUCCAAAAAUUUAAGUUUCAAAGGGGGUACAGUCUACACUGAGGCCCUUCCUUUUUCACUUGGUUCACAACCCUCCCUUCUCCCCACCAUAUCAUCUUUGCUGACGGGUACGGGCAUACGCAUGAAACGUUAUCAUUUGACUGGUUUCGAGUUUCACUACGAGCGUCAAACGGUGGAAGACGAGUUCUGUUGUGGUCAGAAGAAGUUGCACGGAUCCGGUCGCCAUCCACUAUCAGAGUACGGGCGAUUCUACAACCUCUCCUACGCGAGCAUCGCAGAGCAGCCGAGUCGACGCCUCACAGACAUGUAUCGCCGCAACGCCCUCCACACACCCGCCACCUCCAACAGCAUCUCCCAUUUGCAGCAUUUCCACAUACCUCAGGCCUGUGAAAUCGGGGCGGAAUUCACUAACCAACGUGGCAUCCGAGAUACCCCUGAAGACGCUAUGCAUCGCAUAGAAGGGACUGGUAGAAUAGGGAUAGCAUGGAGACCUGACUCACCGAGCAAAGGCGCCACAAGCGGGCAGAAGGAGCAACAGCUGUCGUCGGCGAGCCCCAUGUGGAUCCAUUUGUGGCAUCUACGCACGCUCUGGGCUCACAACGCCUCCACUAUGCACCAGGGCGCCUUUUGUGGAUUGGAACUUCUCCUGAAACAAGAGUUAACACAUGAGGUCUGGCUGAUUCCUAGCGCAAAGAUUUGGUGGCCGCUUGGUAACCGCUUUCCUUUGGAGCCGAAUCGCAUAGUACCGGGAGGGAUGUCCCGCACCUCGCGCUCCUUCAACCCGAGCCUGCGUGAUGCCCUGAUGGCACAGCCGUCUUCUGUGGGGCAUCUCACCACCGUCCUUGUCACCUCCCCCACCAACGGCGUAGGGGGUGCAGAGGGCGUGGCUUUGAGUAAGCGUUCCACCCUGGUGGAGAGUGAGGCAGCCUCACUGGAGGCGCGCCGACUUGCCAGUUUCCCCUCCGGUCAGCCACCAGAUGCCACCUUGGUACCCGCCAUUGAGCGCUAUGAUUGGCCGGCUCCCGCCUCCACCGCUGUUAUGACCGCCGAACUCAUGCGUGAACGGCGCCAGCGGCUGCGUGAGCAGGGAGUUCUGCAGGCGAGUUCAGACGAGAGCGUGGAGGACCUCAGCAUUGACACCUCAGUCGGUAGCCACUGCGAUCUUGAUCGCAUCUCUGGUGGUAUUGGCAGGAUGUCAAAUCUUGAAAUCAUGAACAGAGAUCGUAUUUCUGUACCAGUAUUGCAUAGUUUCGUGCGCGGACAGGCUCAGCUCGUUGACUUUUGUUCUCAUCCUGGUAUUUACGUAAAACUGACAUGGCUUCAACGCCUCCUCUCCUAUGCCGCCCUGCAGGCGAUCUUGUUGGAAGAGGAGCGAGUACGACGGAAGAAGACGCGCACUGCACAUCUCCUCGAUCCUGUCUCGGCCUCGCGCAGUCCCAAUGCCAAGGUGGAACCGCCCUACAAGACGCGCUACGCCACUCACAGCUUCGCCUCACCCUCGCGAGAGAGCCAGCGAAGCUCGGUGAGUCCGCAUCGUCUGGACUACUCGUUGGAACUGGUCAACCUGGGAAAUCGUGUAUGGACUGCCAGUGACCACCACCGUUACCGUCGGAAUGGGACUGCGUCGCGCAACUCCACAGGUCUCAGACCAGGCUACACUGCCGGUCAGCUUUCUCUCUCCUCAGCAAAGACCUCCAGUAUCUCCGGCUCUCACUGCUUCUCCUCUCCUCGUCUCAAUGUCUCGCAAGCCAACGGUCACACAAACGGGAAGAUUUGUGAAGACGCUCCGAUUCAGUCCCAGACGUCACCAAUUCGUAGGAAUGGACAUCGUGUAGAUGACGAGGCCACAAAUCUCAGCCAGGAUUUCGAUACAGGUUUGCUGGGCUCUGCGCCGAGCUACUCCAGUGUGGUUUCCUCCACUCCUUACACCAUGUCAACGAAACACGAGGGAAGCCCUGCAAAGGAGAUACCGUACAAGGAACUCGUGGCGAGUUUGGGCCGACCUCCAAAAGGCAUCGAUCGUACUAGACUUGAGAUGUAUCUUUCGGAUUCGGAAUUCGAGAAAGUGUUCCAGCUUUCGCGAGUGGCAUUCUACCGGCUGCCUGAAUGGAAGCGCAACGACCUCAAGCGCCGAGUUGACCUGUUUUGA